CCUCCCUCUCCUCAUCCCUACAUCCUUCAUUACUCUUGAGUUCCAGACCUCCUCAGGGAACAUCUGAGGCACAUCAGGACACUAGAGGCCCAGCACAUGUGGAUUCUUCUCCUGAGCGUAUAAACAGCCACGGUGUGAAGCCACAGAUCUGGUUCUGAGCUCUCAAGAUUUAGCAUCUAGAUUUUUAGAGCUGCAGAUAACGAACAAGAGGCUCCACCUGAUGAAAUCCUGGAGUAUGUGGGUAAGCCGAGUGCUGCAGCUGUCUGUUUUGUUGGUGGGACUCUGUCAGGCCCACCGUGCCCCUCCAUCCUCCUCAUCACAGGAGGCAGGUGAGGUCCCCGUGUCCCAGCUGAGGAUGCUGGCGCUGGGAAUGGCUCACCUGCUGCAGGGUGUGGAGGAGAACACCGAGCAGCUUGAGCAGCGGGGCGAGCAGGUGGCAGCAGACAUGGACGGGGCGACAAAGAGUCUGGAGAGCCUUCGUAAGCAGAGUUUACAGGCAGGACGGACCCACAAGCAGGUGAGGAAGGACCUGCAGAUACUGAGUGCCAGGGUGGACAGGCUGUGGAAGGCGGCCAAAGAUCUGCAGAGGGGGCUGGAGGAUGAGGCGAUGGAGCAGGGAGCCAUGCAGCUCCGGAUGAACCGGAUCCUCCAGAAAGUGAAGAUCCUGACCGAUCCGAAGUCAGGAGGUCAAACACAGCUCAACGUCGGCUACAUGAAGGUUAUCAUGGAUAAACAGGCCCGGCGGCUCGCCAGUCUGAGCUCAGCAGUUUCAGCCCGAGACAGAAUGAUUGACAGGCGCCUGCGGCACAUUGACCACCUGGAGAAAAAGGUAUCUAAGAGCCUCCCAGCAGCAGAGGGCAGAUUCUGACUCCGACUGUGUGUUAAGCACAGCUGCAUCAACACAACCAAUACACUCGCAAGGUGCCUCCAGAAUGACUUUGUGAAGCUGACAAAAUGAACUGCUCUGAAACUCACAAAAGGAUUUGUCACAAGCAAUGAAUUUGUGUCAGUUAGAUUAAUACACGUGUUUUACUCUCCAACACAACGAAAAACUGUACAAUAGGUUGUGUUGAAAAACUAUUGUCUGUGUGUGUUGUCCUCAAAAAAACGCACCCUGUUUAAAAUGGUUCAAAAAUAAAACUUUGCUGUUCCCGUGUCAUGUUGUGGCUCUGACUUCCUAACUUGAACUUCACACUCACCCAAAUGAACAGAUGCAUACUGAAGUGACAGCUGAGCGUUUCGUCAUCUAAUCGCGCUUUAACUCUAUGUUUUUGGUGUAAUUAAUUGAACUUGAUAGGUUGUACACAAAUAACACAGUAAUAAGAAUUAUAACAUUUGUUUGUCAAAAUAUUGAGUAAUGUUCAGUUAAGACGGUGCAAUAUUUUUUCAGUAUUUGACAAUAA